AUGUCCUAUUUGGUUUAGAUGAAAGAAUGCAUAAAUUAGGAAGAAAAAUCUACAGAAGAAAUAGAAAAAGAAAUUAAAUUACAAAUUGAUUAAUAGUAUUAAAAAACUGAUGAACAUACAGCUAUUCUUUCUUAUAUGAUAAAAAAGUAUGAAUUCAUAAAUUAAUUUAAUCAAAAGGAUUUUUCUUUUAUUAAAGAAACCCUUAAAGAUAUUUUUUAAUUCGUUAAUUUUACUCCUUACUAUUUGUUAGAUUUUUCAGAGGAAAAAGAAACGAUUUCAAAUGAAAAUAUAAAAAAUAAAGAAACUGAGUUGCAAGAAUUAAAAUUGGCUCAUUUAAAAAUCAGCAAUUAAAUUCAGUAUUUAAUUAAAUAAUUUGAUUUAUUAAAAAAUGGCAUUGUUAACAAUAUAGCUAAAAAUGUAUCUUUAGACAAUCUUAUUGAAUAAUAGCAAACUUUGCUACUUAAUUUUUAAAAGGAAAGCAUAGAUGCUUUAUAAAAUGUAAAUUUAAAUAUAUUUUAAUUGUACUAAAAAGUGAUGUCUCAUAAAGAUUAUAUAACUUCAAAAAUUAAAUUAGAACAGUGUAAUUUUAGCAUAAAUCUCUUUCUAAAAGGUUAUAUGCUAAUGAAAUUCGACUAAUAUAAGGAUGAAUAAUAGUAUUUAGAUUUAGGAAUAGACGAAUAAGGUUAUUUUUGGACUUAAUUAAAUAAAGAAAAAUACUGUAGUUAUAAUUAUUGUUUCGAAAGUUUAUGUUAUUUGAAUUACAAUUUAAAUAGAUGUAAAAGUUAUACUUUUAGAAUAAAAGUUGUAAAAGCAUCAGACAAAACAUCGUUUAAAUUUGGAUUAUAUAGCCCUGAUUUCAAGAAUAAAAAAUAUGAUGCAAAUUCUAGAUUAUUGAUUUCUACUUCUGAAAUCUAAGAUACUAUUAAAUCUGAUCAAAAAAAUGAUUAAAAAAAUUCAAAUGAAGAGUUCUUUGAAAUUAGAGUAUAAAUUUCAAAAUAUUUCAUUCAAAUUACAGAUUAUCCGAAUUACAAUUCCUAAAGAGAAAUUUAACAUAUAGGUAGUCUGUUAAAAAAUUAUUAUAGAUUUUAUUUCUGCCUUGGAUUUUAUGGUUCAAGUAGAACUGGAGAUAAAAUUUAAAUUAUUGAAAUUGUAGAAUAAAAUUGA